AUCAGCAGGGCCGCUCUGUUGCUAGUUCUCUAAUGGUGAAGUCAUUGCGGCUCUCCUACUUUUGAGCUCUGCUGUUCUCGGAGGGAGGACUCUACGGCCACAUAAAACACUCCCGCCCAGAGUCGCACGCACACUUACACACUUACAUACACACACACACACCUUCCGGACUGCGCGGAGGACUGAGACCUCAUCCUAAUCCUAUCCACAGCCCAGAGAGUGGUGGUGUCCAGACAUCGAGAUGGCAGCACAGGGAACUCCAAGCAUGGCCAACAAAGGUCCAUCCUAUGGGCUGAGUCGCCAGGUACAGGACAAGAUCGACAGGAAGUAUGACCCUGAGCUGGAAGCACGUCUGGUGGAGUGGAUUGUGGCCCAGUGUGGCUCGGGAGUGGCCAAACCUGCGGAAGGCAAGCAGGGCUUCCAGGACUGGCUGAAGGAUGGAUGUGUCUUGAGUGAGCUCAUCAACAGUCUGCAUGACAGCGACAAGCCUGUAAAGAAGAUCCAGAGCUCACCGAUGGCCUUCAAACAGAUGGAGCAGGUGUCUCAGUUCCUCAAUGCUGCAGAGGCGUAUGGGGUGACCAAAACUGACAUGUUUCAGACUGUCGACCUCUGGGAGGGUAAGGACUUGGCUGCAGUGCAGAGAACCCUGAUGGCCCUCGGCAGCAUUGCGGUCACAAAGGAUGAUGGACAUUUCCGUGGUAACCCCGACUGGUUCUUCAAGAAAGCACAGGAGAACCGACGGGACUUCUCCGACGACCAGCUGAAAUCAGGAAAGCAUGUUAUCGGCCUUCAGAUGGGCUCCAACAAAGGGGCAUCCCAAGCUGGCAUGACAGGCUAUGGUAGACCCAGACAGAUCAUGAACAACUGAACACACUCAUUCACUCCUGUCAUUUCCACUUACCAUACCCCCUCCCCAUCUAAAUACCUUUAUUAAUAAGUUUACCCAAACCACUCAACCCACCACCCAGUGCAGACAAACCAGAACCAGCAUUACACCACUUUUACACAUUAAAUCCCCACAGCAAUUGAGUUCAUGCAAAAUAAUAAUCCAAACAAGCACAACAUUGCCAUCAUAGAUCUAGGACAACAAGCAAGUCUCCAGGUCCUCAUGAACGACUGUGUUUUUGCAAACGCUGAACAAAUCUCAGCUUGACAAUACAGCACAUGAAUUUUGUAAACCUUGGUUGUGGCUUAUAUGUGCUGAUGUUCUCCACAAGACAUGACGUGACUUGGUAACAUCAAAAUAAAGACAGCCAAUGACAGAAAGAACUUCAUUUCAACUGUUUCAAUCAUUAAGAAGGUGUUGAAAGCUAAACGUAAAUAAAGCAAUGCAAAAGU